AUGGCGCCGUAAGUCACAACACGAUGGCGGAUGCGAGGAUGCAGCAGCUUCUGGAAGGUACAAUACGGCGAGACAGCGCAACGCAAUGGCUAGCGACACUCAGAGCACGCGAUCAAGGCAAGAGCCAGAAGAUGACGAUGAGGGCAGUUCGCAACAGAGGGCUUCGGUCAGAACAUGCGGUUCAUCACAGCCAUCUGGCUGGUGAUUGCGAUUGAUACCUCUGGCGACCUUCCUCCUCCUCAAGGCCGCUGAGCCCAUGCAGUCUGCAUACCGCGCAUUGCACCAAACUCGAACUGCUGCAUCCCCUCCGACCACCUGCUCCAAGACUGGGACUCUCAUGCUAACUCUAUCGACAGUCGCUCGUACAGCAAGACCUACAAGGUCCCUCGUCGUCCAUUCGAGUCCGCUCGUCUGUCAGUAAUUCCCCAUGGCCACUGAGCGUGAGCGUGCUCCGUUCAAGUCAAUGGUUUCUAACAUCCGCCCAGUGACUCCGAGUUGAAGAUCGUCGGCGAGUACGGUCUCCGCAACAAGCGUGAGGUCUGGCGUGUCCAGCUCACCCUCUCCAAGAUUCGUCGUGCUGCCCGGUAAGAAGCUCCAAGAACUGUACAACAAACUUGCCCUUCUAACGUUCUCAUCAGUCAGCUUCUCACCCUUGACGAGAAGGACCCCAAGCGUCUCUUCGAAGGCAAUGCCCUCAUUCGCCGUCUGGUCCGUGUCGGUGUGCUCGACGAGUCCCGCAUGAAGCUCGAUUACGUCUUGGCCCUGAAGGUUGAGGAUUUCUUGGAGCGCCGUCUUCAGACUUGCGUCUACAAGCUCGGUCUCGCCAAGUCCAUCCACCACGCUCGUGUCCUCAUCCGCCAGCGUCACAUUCGGUAAGAUAUGCAAACGACACGAGAAGUGUAGAUCUUGCUAAUUUUGUUUCAGUGUCGGCAAGCAGAUCGUCAACGUUCCAUCGUUCGUUGUCCGUCUCGACUCCCAGAAGCACAUUGACUUCGCCCUCACAUCUCCCUUUGGCGGUGGCCGCCCAGGUCGUGUUAGGAGAAAGAAGGCCAAGGCCGCCGAGAGCAAGGACGAGGGUGGUGACGAGGGUGAGGAGGAAGAGGAGUAG